CACUCCCAACCACUGGGAUCGUGUCCGUGGAAUCCAAGUCCCAUUCCCUCGCAUGACACUCCAGAUAGUGCACGGUUAGCGCUCCCAACCAUCCUAUCGAGAUGAAGCCCUGCGGACCCGGUCCCUAAACCGGUUCUGGGAAGGAUCACAUCCCCGUCGAACCCAUGUCCACCCGGAAAUUGCUGCUUAACCGGUGGAGCCCGUCAACUAUCCCAGGCGUCGGCGAAUUCUAGGAUCCUGUUGACACUACCGACGCUCCGACUUCCGGGGCUUCUUCCCAGAAUGGGCAACAGACACGGCCGGCUAGGAUCCGCCCCCCAUUAGUGUCUAGUAUUAUGUCCCGUAGAGAAGAGGAGAAAGAGGGGAAGAGAUAGGAGAGAGAUCAGCAGGAGAAACAGGUGUGAAGCUCCCCGGUACCUGCAGCCAUAAAGCCUAGUCCGACAUGACCCCUCGGCUGUAUCUUCCUCUCUCCUCAUAUCGACAAUCUCCCGUGUCAAACAUCGCCAUGCCCAAGAAAGAAGUCUUUCAGCUCCAUCCCCUCGGGUGGGAAAAUGAUCCCCAGGAGGAGCGGUUCAAGGUCUCCACCCUGGACUACCUGACGGCCUGCACCUACAACAACUAUGCCGUCUACUUUCGGCUGAGCGACGCCGACAAGCCCCGGGUCGUCGAGAUCCUGAAAGCUGGUCUCGAGCGCACCCUCAGCCAAACGCGCCACCUGUGCGGCAUCAUCGAGAAGGAUGAAGAAGGCGGCCACUCCUUCGUUAAGAAACAGGACAGCACCGUCCGCUUCGAGGUCCAAUGGCUGGACGCGCCGGAAGACAAACACGUCUCGUUCGACGAGAUCGAACAGGCCAACUUCAGCGCCGUCGUCAUGGGCGAUCUCAACACCUGGAGCGUGCCGCCCAUGACCUACGGCGAGAAGGCCGAGGCCCACCCGGACAACCGCCCUGUCGCGGCAGCCUACAAGGCCAACUUCAUCCGCGGCGGACUGGUCUUCAUCAUGCAUAGCCACCACUACGCCAACGACGUGAUGGGCUGGUCGGGUCUGACCCACCAGUUGGCCGAGAACUGCUACGCCAUCGUCAACCAGACCCCCUUCCCCGCGUGGGAUCCUGCCUGUCUCGACCUCUCCCGGCUCACCAAGCCCCAAAUCCCCGAGGCGUCCAUGAUCGACGGGCCUCCCACCCCCCAGCGCCACCCAGACCACACCGUGGCGGAGUCGCUCUUCUUCCACCUCCCCAAGAGCAAAGCCGCCGAGCUGAAAAAGCUCGCGACCCCGGCCCCUCCCCCCAGUGCCGCAACCUCCCCCAUGGACACCGUCACGGGCUUCCUCCGGAGGGUCCUCUCCCGCCCCGCCCCUCCACCCGCCCCCACAACCACCCCGGACGUCCCCUGGAUCUCCACCUACGACGCCUUCACGGCCUUCAUCUGGCGCACGGUGACCCGCGUCCGAGCGCCCAUCUUCAAACCCGACCUCUCCCAGCCCCUCUUCUGGGCCGAAGCAGUCGACAUGCGCCGCCGCUUCCACAGCCCCAAGGUCGCGCCCCGCAUCCAACACAACGUCAUGUCCGCCGCGCUGUCCAUCAACGCGCCGGUCCCCGCCCCAACCGCAGGACAGGUCAUCUCGGAAUGGCCCCUCUCCCGCGUCGCAGGCUACAUCCGCCAGCUCACCAACAGCACGACGCAAGAAGCGCUCGACGAAGCGCUCUCCACAGUCGCCACGGUGCGGGACAAAACCGCCCUCAACAUCCGCGCCGACUCCCACCCGCCCCUCUCGAUCCUAUUCACCGACCACCGCGACGCGCACAUCACGGCCGCGAACUUCGGGUUCGCGAGCCCCGUGACGUACCGCCAUCUGUUGGAUGUUGUCAGCGCGGGUGUCUUUAUCAUCUAUCCCCCGCGGGAUGAGAAGCCGGGCUCGGACGAAGGACCGGAGUUCACGAUUGCGUUUGAGCGGGAGCUGAAGCAUUUGCUGCUGGAGGAUGAGGAGUGGAAUAAAUACUUUGAGUUUAGGGGGGUGGAUGCUGUCGAUGCUGCUCGUGCUUAGUCCUUACCUUGGUAUGGUAAUCUUAAUCCUCAUUUUCC